AUGUCUUCAGGUUCCUCCAAUGUGCCCACCACGAAACUGCAGCCAACCCAGAAGAAUGAGGUCGACCCCGCCCAGACUUCCAAGUCCGCAACAAAUCCCCAACCCGCGCUUUUAGAAGAGGAUGAUGAAUUUGAAGACUUCCCAGUUGAAGACUGGGCGCAAGAAGACGCCGAAGUACCAGGAGGGGCAACCCACCUGUGGGAGGAGAGCUGGGACGAUGAUGACCAAAACGAGGAUUUCAGCAAACAAUUGAAGGAAGAAUUGAAGAAGGUCGAAGCUACCAAAUAG